AUGAAUAACCAUAAAGUUAUUGGCCGAAUAUAUGCAGUCUCGCCGAAUGAGGGUGAAAAAUUCUACUUACGCAUCCUUCUUAAUCAUGUUAGAGGACCAACAUCAUUUGAGAAUUUAAGAACAGUCAAUGACAUUGUACAACCAACAUUUAAGAAGGCAGUGGAACAACGAGGUUUGCUAGAAGAUGAUGAUAGCAUCAGACAGUGUCUCUGUGAAGCCACUAACAUUCACAUGCCGUCAGCUUUGCGAAGGUUGUUUGUUACCAUCUUAGUUUAUUGUGAGCCACAUGGAGUAAGAAGAUUAUGGGAUGAAUUUCAUUCAUUUAUGGUGGAAGAUUAUUCUGUUUCAAGUACCACAAAUAAUACUUCUAUCUUGAACAAGCUUUUGCAAGACUUGAACGGACUAUUAGUGCAACAUAGUAAGUCUGUAUCUGAUUACGAUUUACCACAAAUAACACAAGAUUGUGUUAGAGACAACACAAUUCCAAGGAUAAUACAAGAUGAAGUUUCACUUGACAUCUCUGAAGCAGACCUCAAUGCGGUACAAAAUCUAAAUGAAGACCAAAUGGCAGCGUAUAACUCGAUUGUGUCUGCUAUUGAACAACGAGACAAUGCCAUAUUUUUUGUGGAUGGUCCCGGAGGGACAGGAAAGACAUACUUAUAUCGUGCUUUGUUAGCAACCUUAAGGAGUAAGGGUCAUAUUAUAUUGGCAACAGCAACAUCUGGAAUUACAGCAACCAUAUUGCCAGGUGGAAGGACAGCACACUCUAGAUUUAAAAUUCCCCUCAGUCCAGAUGCAUCUUCCACAUGUUCUAUUAGUAUCCAGUCAGAUUUGGCAGAAUUGAUAAGAAAAACAUCAGCUGUUGUUUGGGAUGAAGCACCAAUGGCACACAGGUUUGCAUUUGAGGCUCUCGAUCGAACGUUCAAAGAUAUAAUGGGCGUUGACCUACCAUAUGGAGGAAAGGUCAUAAUCUUUGGAGGAGAUUUUCGACAAGUUCUUCCAGUUGUUCCAAAAGGUACAAGAUCUGAAUUGAUGCAAGCAAGUAUGAUUAAUGCUUCAUUUUGGGAACACGUGAAAAUCAUUCGUCUUAGGCAUAACAUGAGAUCCAUCAAUGAUCAAGACUUUUCAGAGUUCUUACUUCAUGUUGGUAAUGGGGAACAAGAAACUAUGAUAGACGACAUGAUGCAAUUACCAUCAUCUAUGGUUAUUCCAUGGAAUGGUGAAGAAUCCAUUGUCCAAUUGGUUAAUGAAGUUUUCCCCGAUUUGGAAUGUCAUGUAUGUGAUGCAAGAUACUUGGUGGAAAGAGCAAUUAUAACACCAAAAAAUGAGGAUGCUGACAAAAUCAAUAAAAUGAUCAUCGAUAAAUUUCCGGGGAUUGAACAUAUCUUAUACUCUUUCGAUUCAGUUGAGGAUGAUGUGAGAAAUUUGUAUCAACAAGAAUUCUUGAAUUCAAUCUCACCUGGUGGAAUGCCCCCUCAUCAGUUAACUUUGAAAAAAGGUGCCUCGAUAAUGCUUUUGAGAAAUAUCGAUCCGAAGAUGGGGUUGUGCAAUGGUACAAGACUGGCUUGCCAUGGAGCUUACAAUAAUCUAAUUGAUGCCGAAAUCUUAUCUGGACAAUUUGCUGGAACUAGAGUGUUUUUACCAAGAAUCUCUUUAAAGACCACAGAAAGUGCAGGACUCCCAUUCGAAAUGAUGAGAAAACAGUUUCCAGUGAAAUUGAGUUUUGCACUAACUAUAAAUAAAUCACAAGGGCAGACAAUACCAAAUGUAGGUAUUUAUCUACCAGAUCACGUAUUCAGUCAUGGACAAUUGUACGUGGCUUUAUCAAGAGGAGUUUCAGCGUCUACAACAAAAGUCUUGGUAAAGAAAGGAGAGUUACACGGUAACGAAGGAGUCUUCACAAGAAAUGUUGUGUACAAAGAUAUUUUGCUUCCCUCGAAUUCAACAUAA